AUGCAAUAUGUCGUUGGUCGCCGUGGUUUCAAUGAAGAGGAACAAGAGGAGGAGGACGAAGACGACUUUGAGCUCAGAGAUGAAUCAGACGACGUCGAAGAGGGUUGGGACGGCGAGGCUGUACUUGAAGUAGGCGGCGAAGUUGGCGAAGAGGCUCAGUCGCAAAAUCCAAGGCCAAUAAAGACAUUCCUCCCGCGACAGAUCACUGAGACUCGAGGGAUGGUUGUGCGAUGGAUUUUUCAUGAACUAGCAGAAGAUCACCAGGCGAAGGCACACCUGUUCAUCGUUCCUGAGCUUCACCGCGUUCAGCGCAAGAUUUAUCCUACUGCGUAUGGCAUCAACCAAUGUCCCUAUGCUAUCGAAGUCGGUGAACUUACGGGUGACUCCCAAAUGACGAAGCAACGGAUUACCGACAAUCAUCAUAUCGAGAAUCCCCUUCUGUCUUUCGAUCAUCUGAACCUUCUCUACGGUCCACAUCGCAUUGGAGCUCGUGUCAAGAAUCAAGGCCAAUCCUAA